AAUUCUUGAAAUGGAGUAGCGCCUUUGUUCCCUCCCUCUCAGCCUUUUUCUCAUUGUCUCCAUUCCCCUUACCUCUAUUACUCAUUCAACUUCCUUCAUCCUCUCUGUCAUCCAAUUUCAGCUCUCUCUCUCUCUCAGAUCUUCUACUCUGAAAUGGACAAAACUGUCCAGCAAUUUCUGAAAAGGAUCGAAGAAGAUGGAAAAUAUUUAAUAAAGAAGGCUGAAAUUUAUUGUCAGAAUAAGCCAGAAAUGAUUUCCAAAGUCGAAGAUUUCUACAGCAUGUGUCAAUCACUAGCUGAACACUAUGACCAUAUAACAGAAGAAUUACAGGAGAAUAUUGGGUCAGAGCUACAAACACAGCUCAUUGACAAUUUCGAACUUGGCUUCGAUCAAGAUUCUACAUUGCAAACUCCUAAUUACAAGCAGGGUUUGUACAAGUCUAUUGAUGGUGUAGUAACUCUCAGCUCAGGUGGUGAUAGCUCUACUUUUUCCUUGAAAGAAGGCACUGAAUCAUCUAAUUCAUCAUCCUCAGAUUCUGAAUCAGAAUCUCUUCUUUCUGCCAAUAAUAACUUGAGCAUUUCUAGGAACAGCAAUGGGGGACUGCAUAAGAAGAUAUUUGAGUUCCAAGCUGAUAUACCAAGCAUUAAACAGAAGCUCCAGGGGGUGAUAGAAGAAAAUGUAGACAGUGAGAUAAUGGUAGGAGAAAAUGACAAUUAUGAAGGAUUGGUUGAAAGAAUUACUAAGCUUGAAAAAGAGCUGAAAAUUUCAAAUCUGAAACUCCGCCUAUCAGAAGAUGAGGUUAACCAGUUGAAGAGUGAGCUUAAACGAAGGGAAACUGCAAUAGUACUUGCAGGGGAUUUGCAGUCUCAGCUUGAAUCAGCACACAGUGAUAUUGAGAUGAAGGAGGCUGAUCUGGAAUUGCUGAAAAGACAAGGAAUGGACUCGCAAAAGACAAUAGCAGAGUUGGAAGCUCUUCUUUCAAACUCCAAUUUCAACAAUGGUAGCUUGAUGAAAGAGCUAGAAGAGAGUAAAGAAAAACUCAAGGAGUCAGAUCAAGAGCUUGCAAACUUAAAGCAUGAACUCCAGCAUACUCAUCAGGUGCAAAGUAAGCUUGACUUGGCUCUAGAAGACAUAGUCGCCUUGAAGGAUGAGCUUCAAAUAGAGAAAAAGCAGAAUUCUGAAUUGAGGGAGAGGUAUGCUGCAGUGAAUGAUGCCCAGAGAGAGGAGACUGUGCAGUUCCAAACUGAGAUUUCGAGCUUGAAAGAAAAACUGAACCUGGUAGAAGCAAGGGUAAAAGAAUGGGAGUUAAGAGUAAACUUUCUGGAGGAUAAGAUAAGGAAAAUGGAAGCUGAGGAGAUAGAGAUAAAAACUUUGCAUGAUGCUCAAGAGACUGUGUUGCAAGGACAAAUCAAUCAGAUGAAAGUAGAUCUUGCUGAGGGUGGUGGACAUGUUGAAGCUUUAAAUAAAGAGCUUGACAGACUUAAACUGAAAUAUGAUAUGCUUAUGGCAGAGAAGGAUGAAGUCACUGCUAAGGCAAACACACUAACAGCAAACUUAGAUUCACAGGAAAAUCAUAUCAGGCAAAUGGAAGAACGUCAGAGACAAUUUGAUGUGGAUCACCUUAAGCUGAUUACUGGAUAUGAGAGUGCAGAGAAGCAAGUUGCUGAACUGAAGGCAAGAGUUGAGGAGCUGGAGAAGGAAGUGGAUUGGCAGAAAGUUGUGAUCUCAGAUAGGGCUGAAGAGAAAAGGGAAGCAAUACGGCAGCUUUGUUUCUCACUGGAGCAUUACAGAACUGGAUACAAAGAACUUUGUCAAGCAUACAAGGGGCAUGCAGCUAUAGCUUCCUAAGCUUGCUUAGUUCUGCAGUCUGUCUAGUAAGUGUUUGUGUCAUCAAUCACCAACAUAUUGUUCUUUAUGUAGUUUGUGAAGAUAAACUUCCAUAUUAUUUGUUCUAGACUUUGCUUUGUUGGUGGGAAGUUCUCAACCUUAUUGGGUAGAGAAUUCUUGUUCAUGAAGUUUUGGGGUAAGGCAAUUGUUUACUGCUCAGGUGCAUUUGUCAAAUAUGAACCUGAAUAUGUGUAUUUGUUUUACUUCUUAUUAAAUGUCUGUCUGAGAAAAGGUCUUAUGCUGA